AUGAGUAUCAAUUUCAAGGUUAAACACGCGGGUAAAGUUCACGAAGUUACGGUGCCAGACACUUGUAAAGGAUCUGAUCUUAGAGCCAAGGUUGCUGAAUUGACGCAAGUUCCCGAGGCAAGACAGAAGUAUAUGGUCAAGGGAGGAUUAUUAGAAGAUACUCUGGUCAGCGGUGUCGUGAAAAAUGGGCAAACUGUCAUGGUUUUGGGUACACCAGAUGCGAAUUUGAUCGGUAAACCUAAGUCAGAUCUCAAAUUUGUCGAGGAUUUGGAUUCAAGGGCACAACAACAACAAUUUUCUACGUUACCUGUGGGCUUAAAGAACCUGGGUAAUACUUGCUACAUGAAUUCGACUUUGCAGGCAUUGUAUGCGAUUGCUCCUUUGAGAGACACGGUUUUGAACUUUGCAGCAACAGCGCCAAAUGACAUGGAUCCACACACCCAGCUAGUCAAAGAGUUGAAGCAGUGUUUUCGGGUGCUGAAGGAGAAACCACAGGAGUCACUUACGCCGUUAGUGUUGCUGGCGUUGCUUAGGAAAUGUUAUCCGCAAUUUGCCGAGCGGGAUCCACAAACAGGCAUUUACAAGCAACAGGACGCCGAGGAACUCAUGACGCAACUUCUACAGUCGUUGCAAUUGGUUCUUGGAGAAUCUGUAAUGCAAAAAUUCCAGAUACAAUUUAGGACAACGACGAAAGACACUGCGAACGAAGCCGACGUGGUAGUCAAAGACACAGAUUUUGAUCUUAAAUUGCAAUGUCACAUAUCGGGUACCACAAAUUUUGUAAAAAACGGGUUACUGGAGUCUUUAAAUGAGAAAAUCGAAAAAAGGUCUAGUAUCACCAAUGUCAAUUCUGUCUUUGAUGUGGAAAAACGGAUCACUAAAUUGCCCGAAUUUUUAACCGUACAAUACGUGCGGUUCUUUUGGAAAAGAAGCACUGGCAAAAAAUCCAAGAUCUUGCGAAAAGUCGUUUUCCCAUUUCAAUUGGACGUUAGCGACUUGUUGACGCCUGAAUACGCCCAAGAGAAGAUUAAAACCAGAGAAGAAUUACGUCAAGUGGAAAAGGAGAAAUUAGAGGAUCAGCGUGAGAAGAAAAGACGUAAGAUCGAUGACGAGGGGAACACUACGAUGACACCUGCAGAAAAAUGGGAAACUGAACAAGCUCUUGAGCAAAGCGCCAAAGAACAUUGGAUUUCGGAAUUCAAGAAAAAAUUUCCUCAAGAUCUGAGGCCGGGCGAAAACCCAUCUUGCGUUUACGAUCUUAUCGGGGUUGUCACACACCAGGGUGCUAAUUCCGAAAGUGGUCAUUACCAAUCGUUCAUUCGUGAUGAAAACGAUGAAAACAAAUGGUACAAGUUCAACGACGACAAAAUUAGUGAAGUCGAGAAAGAGAAAAUCGAAUCUUUGGCCGGUGGAGGUGAAAGUGACAGUGCUUUAAUCCUGAUCUACAAGGGAUUCGGUCUUUGA